GGCCAGGUCCUGGCAGGGGAUCUCAGCUCAAUACUGGGGCGGAGGAGGGGCCUGGAUGAGGAUACCCAGUCCCUGGUGUUGACUUGGCUGGCAUUUCCUCAGAGUUCUUUCCCGUCUUCAAGCUGGUCACAGGACGUAUGGAUGACAGAGCCUAGUUCCUAUAGUAGGCGAUCCAGGACUUUGUUCAGCCAAAGGCAGAGGAAGAGGUGGACAAAGGUGCCCCCUCGAGCGCCCACUCUGCGCGGGUGUCGGGAGGCGCGCUGCGCAGGCGCCUCAAGCCUGACGAGGGCAUUGGGCCGAGUGAACGUCCCAGCGAGCUGCGUGCACUGCGCAAGCGCCCCGGGAACGACGGUGAGGGGCGGGGUGUAGGGAGGUGCAGUGCGCAGGCGCCCCAGGACUGACGCGGCAGAGGGCGGGGUGUAGGGAGGCUCACUGCGCAGACGCCCCAGGAUUGACGCGGCCGAGGGUGGGCUCAGCGCUGGCGUGAGCAGCCCCUCCUUCACGGGUCCUCGCUUUGCUGACCCUAGACGCGGGCACAGCGCAGGCUGUCCGCCUGGGACUUGGUUUGUGGGGCCGACUGCCGUUUUUAUAAUUGAUGAUUUUGGAAUUGCCUUCAUUUUCUGCUUUAAAAAGUGGCCGCCUCCGUUUCCCUAUAGGGGCCCAGGCCACUGAGACGAGGGGCAGACACUGCAGGAACUGCCACUGUAGGUGCCUUCCUGGGACCCUCCUCUCCCUUUCCAAGGAGCAUGGUCACCUAAUGUCCAGGGUGCUGCAGAAGGACGCCGAGCAGGAGUCGCAGAUGAGAGCGGAGAUCCAGGGUAUGAAGCAAGAACUCUCCACCGUCAACAUGAUGGAUGAAUUCGCCAGAUAUGCCAGGCUGGAGAGAAAGAUCAACAAGAUGACGGAUAAGCUCAAAACUCACGUGAAAGCUCGGACAGCCCAAUUGGCCAAGAUAAAAUGGGUUAUAAGUGUUGCCUUCUAUAUAUUGCAAGCUGCCCUGAUGGUGUCACUCAUUUGGAAAUACUACUCUGUCCCUGUGGCCGUGGUACCGAGUAAAUGGAUAACUCCGCUAGACCGCCUGGUAGCAUUUCCUACCAGAGUAGCAGGUGGUGUUGGAAUCACCUGUUGGAUUUUAGUCUGUAACAAAGUCGUGGCUAUUGUGCUGCACCCUUUCAGCUGAGAGACCAGACGAGUCCAGCUGAGACACUUGUCAACAGUGGAUUUUCCCUUAUAGGUUAAAAACCUGAUACUUUUUUUUUUUUUUAAAGGCAACAGAAGCACACAGGUUAGGUUUUUUUGUUGAAUGUGUUUGUUCUUGGAUCUUACGUGAGAUACGAGAGGCCUGAUCUUGUGCACUUGUCGUUGAGCCAGACGGCCGGUCUCUGGUCUCUCAGGCGAGUGCCCCGGCCAGCAGAGCCGCACGUUUGUCGGGAGAAGGGUGUGGCGUGGGUGUCCACACGCUGUGACUCGGGGUUUGCCCUGUUGGCGUAUUUUAAAGGUCAUGUUGCCAAUGGGAAGUCGGUUUUCUAACUUAAGUACUCUAAAGACUUUGUGCUAUUCUUGACCCAGAUUAGAAAGCAAUUUAACUUUAAUACCGCCAGUGGAAUUUGGAAUCUCGUGUAGUACUGCUAAGAGUAACACUAUCUGACAUUGCUUGUGUUUUUUCCCUUCCUGUGUUGAAAUGUCACGUGUUGGGCAAGCCUUUGUAUAGUAUUAUCUACUUAUCUGAAGCUGUGGAUGUUUCAUCACUGUGUUUUGUAAUGUAUUCAUGAGAUCAUAAUGCAUUGUUUUAUGCUUGAAUUGUAUGUUUUAUAUUUAAAGCAUUUCAAAUGAAGUGUGUUUUUUAAGCAUUUAAUAUGCUCUGUAGAAUGGAACAAACUUAAACUGGGAAUUCUGAUUAAAUUAAUUUGAGUGGAUACAUUUUUAAAAACACUUCUUUUUUACUGUUGCUCUUUUUUUUGAAUUAUAAUUGACACAUAA